UAUCGAUAUCACAUUUAUAAAAUUUAAAAAUAUACUUGGAAUUCGUAUGAUUGAAUUCGAUCAAAUUAUUGAUGUAAUCUUAGAUUACUUCUCAGAUAACAAAAAAGACAAUAAACCCCUUUUUAUAAUUAACAUUGAUGAGACAAAUAUACUAUUCAGGAAUGGACGUACCGGAUGGCUCAGGACAGUUCUCCAGGCUCUUGCAAGAGUCAUAUCAAAUGGUUAUUUUCUUUUUAUUGUGCUAACUGGAACACACGCAAAUGCAUUAUUUGAUGUAAUAGAAUCAUCAAACGCGAAAAUUGAAGACAUAGCUUUACCACUGUUGAAAACUGAACAUGCUAAAGAAGUUAUAUUAGAUCUUGCUAACUGGAGAGUGAAUGAUAAGACAAAAAGGAUCAAUAAGAUUUCCACCCAUCUGGAGUAUAUAAUCGAACUUCUAGGUGUUGUCGGUCAUUUUCUAGAAGUCAUGAUAUUUCAAAUGGAUAUCAUUGGUACAGCCGUUGAGUGUGAUGAAUCUACGUAUAGGAUGAAAUUUUAUCAAAGCGGAUUACGAUACUUCCUUCAAAAUUGUCAAUAUGAAACGGAAUCUUGCCAAAGACUUCUUGAUGCAUUGAAAAAACAAAUCAGUAUAAAGUAUUCCCGGUACUUUGAAAUUUUUAUGGAGAAUGAAAAUCUUGAACUUAUUCCUAUUUUAACAGCUUACACCAUAUUUGAGUGGCCUGUUAAUCGGUCAACUACAUUUGGUAAUAAACAGCGUAAAGUUGAAGAUUUGGAGAAAGAUGAGCUUAUUUUCCUAGAAGGAAAUCAUAAAAAGAAGAUAAAGCUCUCCUUUCUUACUCUCUAUGAGAUUUUUUCUAGUUGUAACACUUCCAAAAUUCCACAAAUCAAGAUUCUCGAUACUUUGAGCAAUGCAUUAUCUCCAGAUCAAAAUUAA